AUGCAUCUGUAUAAACCUGCUUGUGCAGACAUCCCCAGCCCCAAGCUGGGUCUGCCCAAAUCCAGCGAAGCGGCUCUGAAAUGUAGACGGCACCUAGCAGUAACAAAGCCUCCGCCUCAGGCAGCCUGUUGGCCUGUUAGGCCCAGUGGAGCAGCGGAACGGAAAUAUCUGGAGAAGUUUUUACGUGUCCAUGGAAUUUCGUUGCAGGAAACCACCAGGGCAGAGACGGGCAUGGCUUACAGGAAUCUUGGAAAAUCAGGACUCAGAGUUUCUUGCUUGGGUCUUGGAACAUGGGUGACAUUUGGAGGUCAAAUUUCAGAUGAGGUUGCUGAACGGCUGAUGACAAUUGCCUACGAGAGUGGAGUGAAUCUCUUUGAUACAGCUGAGGUCUACGCCGCUGGAAAGGCUGAAGUGAUUCUGGGGAGCAUUAUCAAGAAGAAAGGCUGGAGGAGGUCCAGCCUGGUCAUAACAACCAAACUCUACUGGGGUGGAAAAGCUGAGACGGAAAGAGGGUUGUCAAGAAAACAUAUUAUUGAAGGACUGAAGGGCUCCCUCCAGAGGCUGCAGCUCGAGUAUGUGGACGUAGUCUUCGCAAAUCGACCAGACAGUAACACCCCCAUGGAAGAAAUCGUUCGAGCCAUGACACAUGUAAUAAACCAAGGAAUGGCAAUGUACUGGGGAACCUCCCGCUGGAGUGCCAUGGAGAUCAUGGAAGCCUACUCUGUAGCAAGACAAUUCAACAUGAUCCCACCAGUCUGUGAACAAGCUGAGUACCAUCUUUUCCAGAGAGAGAAAGUGGAGGUUCAGCUACCAGAGCUCUACCAUAAAAUAGGCGUCGGAGCGAUGACGUGGUCUCCACUGGCCUGUGGCAUCAUCUCAGGAAAAUAUGGAAAUGGAGUGCCUGAAAGUUCCAGGGCUUCACUGAAGUGCUACCAGUGGUUGAAGGAAAGGAUUGUGAGUGAAGAAGGGAGAAAACAGCAAAACAAGCUGAAAGACCUUUCCCCGAUUGCGGAGCGUCUGGGAUGCACGCUACCUCAGCUAGCCGUGGCGUGGUGCCUGAGAAACGAGGGUGUGAGUUCCGUGCUCCUGGGAUCAUCCACUCCUGAACAACUCAUUGAAAACCUCGGUGCCAUUCAGGUUCUCCCAAAGAUGACAUCACACGUGGUAAAUGAGAUCGAUAACAUAUUGCGCAACAAGCCCUACAGCAAAAAGGACUAUAGAUCAUAAGGCAGUGCAUGAGCCGCAGGAGCUGCAUGGGUAAAGCAGCAGUCUAUACAGGUACAGAACGGUGUUACUAGCCAGUGUUCUGAAUCACUUAGCAGCCCACUGCUCAACCUCUAGUGUCCCCGGAUUCUGAGGUGUCUGCUGUCGCUACCACUGUGCACCUGAAUUAUGAACACAUCUGAAAACUCACAACCAGGAAAAUCCAUUCUAUUUUCUUAUCUGGGACUGCAGUCACCUAUUCUUACAUUGCUCUGUACAUCUCAUGUUUAUGCAAAGGAAAGCAUGUGGUGGGGGAAAGACAUAUUACCUUCAGGCAUUUAGUAACUUAAAGAAGGUUGUACAGAUAUAUUUUUUCAAAUGAACAACAUCCACAGAUGCAAUGUGGAUUGCAUCAGAAAGAGUAGGCUCUGUUCACUCAGAAGUCUUGCUUGAAAAAUCAGCUGAAACAAUUUUACAUUUUUUUUUCUAUUUUCACAUUCAUGUUAGCAAGAGUUGUUUUCACUUGUCAUUCAACAGAAGUGAAAUGCCUAGGUAUUUGCUUUCGUUACCUUUUAAAUAUUUAGUGUUGCUUGGCCUAAAAAAUGGCCCUGUAUAGCAAUUCCUCCAAGGUGGCCUAUUAGGAUUCUAAUAAUGUUAUGUCCAUUUACAUGGAGAGAUGGUAAAAGGAUGAAGACCCUAGUCUUUAACCAGAGACAGUCUGGUUAAUUUAUGAAAGGGAGAAUUACACUACUAUGGAAGCCUAGCUUUGAAUAAAAUGUAUCUGCAAUGAAGUGUUCAUUUUUACCUACAUUUUCCUAAAACCUGCUUUAUACUUUUGACUGCUUGUAGGCACAGCUUCUGCAAGUUUAAAUAUUUGAGCUUUAAAAAUAAAUAUACACAUGCUCAGUUUUGUAAGUAAAUCUGUAAAAUACCCAGAAAGGCAAAUGUUUGCUGUUUAAUUACCACUGGGAUUUUACAUGCUUGGUGUUUUUGAGAAGUUAUUAACAUGAAAGUGAAUCAUGGGCUUCGAGAAAAAUGCUGUCACUACUCAGCAUAUGCUGGGUGAAGUAACUUGCCCAAAGAAAAGUAAAUGUUAAAGAACUUCCUAAUUCCAUAAUCACACUAUGUGCAUUAAACUAUAUGCAUGAAAGUUCUUUGCAUGGAUUAAUGGGGCCUAGCCUUGUGGCACUCCGAAGCUGAGGUAUAUCCCGCCCUGCCACUACUGGCUACCUACUCUCAUGAAUAUAUCACUUGAGAAAAACUGACGGUAUACUGUGUGUACCUGUAAGGAGGGAGAAAACUUUUUUCCCCACUUUUAAGGUGUAUGUAGAGGGGGGAGGGUCCUCUAUCUCUAUUAGGACACCUGAGCAUGUACAAAAUUCUAAUUUAAUUUUCUGGCCAACAGGACCCCAUGUAGAAACCACUGAGACUUACAGAAGAAAUGUACUAUCAGCUUAAAAUGCUAUUUUCUGCCAUCAUUUCCAGAUAUGUAUUUCAUGAUUAAGUUCUCAAUCUUAAAAUGUUAGUGUGAAGUACCAACAAAUUUUCUUUUUGAUUACUAUUACCUGUAUUCUAAUAGGGAAACAGUGCGUUUUUUAUCCAAGAGUAUCAGAUUAAUGAUGGAAAUGGAUCAUUUUUCAGUUGUUCAUUGUGCAUUCAAUCAAUCCAGUGACCUACUGUAUGCAUAAAUGAGCUGAAGUUGUCUAAUUGGAACUGCAGUUUAUUUGCUUAGAGUAAUAAAAGCAUUUGUGCAUUUAAUCUCACAAUUAGUUUUUAUCUGAUCUAUCAUUAUAAGGCUAUACAUAUCAUUAUAGGAGAUACAUAUAUAUAUACACACACACACACCCAUCUUCAUAAAACAGGCAGUAAGGAUCACUUAAAUAAAAAUAAUGUUGGCAGGUAAGCUGCACUGAGUGAUACCUAACAGAAACAGCUUUACCAAAAGAUUUAAAUUGCAACCCAAACUUUUUUUCUCUUGUUAAUGGAGAAAAUGAUUAGCUACUGAAGAUAUUUCUCCUUGGGUUUUAGAAAUGUUCUGUACUAAGGUUAAAGCUUCUCAAACUCAUUUAAAAGAACCUGCAAAUUAAAAUCAAAUACCAACAUUGCUUGGCCGUGGGAACAUCUAGUUUUAUAUACAAAUCAUCUGCCAUGGUAAAUAUACUAGAUAAAUACAUUUCACAGUUCUAUCCUUAAGAAAAAUUUCCAUGCACUCUCAUUUUCUUUUCUUUUCUGGAAAGAUUUCCUUGGCAGAGAACAUACCAUUCCAAAGGGUAACCUGGGUGGCAGCCAGCCACAUACUGAAACCUCAGCCAAGGGAAAUGAAAACUAGAAGCCCUGUGCCUGGCUUCCCACUUUAAGAACUGCCACUUCAUCUUCAUCCGUAGUGUGCACCAAGGGUCACCGGAUAGAUGUCAGGGCUUCAAGGGGCCUUCGCCAUCUUUGAGACCACCCCACUCCCUGCAAAUGAGGAACCCAGGCCUGAAGAGAUUAAAGGACUCGCCCAAACUCAUACUGCAAGUUGAUGGCAGAACCAGGCCUAGAACCCAAGUAUUUUGUGUUCCAGUCCAGUGCUCUUUUAGGGAUGAUUUUUUUAGCUUUAAAGCGUUAUGAAAAAGUAAGUUUGUGUGAUUUUUUAAGUUAAAAAAACUUGGAUAUGAAUCCAAAUUCAGGAUCAGUUAAGAAGAAGGAAAGGUCAAAGAAAUGCAAUGAAAACUCAUGAAGGCCAAUGAGAAGUUCAUCUCUAACCACCUCCAUGAAAAUCAAACCAACAACCCAAAAGACCCUCCUAAUCUUCGAUGAAUCCCCCUACUUGGGAGUCCAAGGAGGUAGGAGAUAACCCCUUACAAGCAUUUGAUCAGUAACUACAAAAAUGUGCAUUUAUAUGCGUGGGAAAUUAAAAUGGUUAACGUGAAAUAAUGUAAUAAAGAUAUACUAAAUCACACGGUUCUUAUAAAGAAGUCUAGGGAAAAUAUAAAUUUUACAAAGCUAAACUUAAUGAUACUCAAUAAGCAAGACCUUUUGGGACUUCUCUGGCGGUCCAGCCGUUAGGACUCUGUGCUUUCACUGCUGAGGGUGCGGUUUCAAUCCCUGGUCAGGGAACUAAGAUCCCACAAGCCAUGCGGUGUGACCAAAAAAAGAAAAAAGCAAGACCUUUCAUAAGAAUUUUGGGUAUAAAUCCAACCUCCACAUUUGUUAACUUCAAACUUGCUUCAAAUUAUUCUAUCCAAGUUAGAAUAAUAUACCAUAUAGGUCAACCAGUAGAUUUUACUGGCUAAGAAUAAUUUCAACCCAAGUAUUAAGUUAUAAAUGAACUUCUAACUUAUCACAAGGGGUGUAAAAACAGGAAUUAAAUCAUUUUGAAUCCCAAUUACAGCAAAACCCCUUUUAUUUUACUGGUGUUGGAUAAAAGGUGUUUUUAAGAUAAAAAUUCUCCAGCAGGCUUUUACUAACUAAGCCAGAUCCAGCAUAUCAUAAUUCUACACGCUACACAGUCUUUCUAGGUGACACGGAGAGUGCUGGGGAAAAGGUUCCACAGCUCCUAAGAGUAAAGCACUGGUACAGUAAAUCCUUAGUGAAAACUGCAGAACCAUCAGAAUAUGUCUUCUAAACUUAUACGCUGGAAUUUAUCUCACAGUAUAGAAAGUUAGAAACUAUUAUCAGGAUUAAAAACAAAAAGUGCCAUAGGAAAAUUUCAGGACCAAAACCAAAUUUUGCUUCCUCACUUUUCUACAAAUUAUUCAGCUUAUUAACUCAAGAGGCACUCUAUUAAGAACGUCACACUGAUGCCCCUAUUUUGCCACCCCAUCUCAGGUAUACUGUAUUGUAAGAAUUUUUUUCCCAUUUAUACAGGCACUGCCAUCUAGUGGCAAUUUUUUACCUGCAAGUUAAAAAUUACAGGUAAAAAAUUACUUGACCCAGCUCUGGUAACAAACAGUAGACACUGAUGGUUUGUCAAAUAGUCAUUUUGUCAAAUAAGCAAGCGCAAUUAGUACAAACGCCACGCCACCAAACUACUGACCAGUUAUUAAUCAACAGAAAAAAAAAGUUAAAACAUAAUAAAAAUAAACUUCUUAUGUGCUACACUAACUACUGUGCAGGGUCUUUCUUCUGACUUCCCCAUUAACCCCAUAUUACCCAGUGGUGGCACAUGGAUAACAAUGUACCAGAGAAAAGUAAAGAACUGCAGACUCUAAAAGCAAUGAUGAAAUCUAAUCCUCAGUUGAAGAUAAUGAUGAUCUGGGUCACUAGGCAAAUGUACUCCUGGCCUGUCUUCCUUCCAGGUUCUUAGAUGUGACUUCCCAAAACAUCCAACAGCAUGGAAUUGGAAGAUGGAAUCCUGGUGAAUAUCUUU